GGAAAACACUUCUUCAUUGUGACAAUGAAUCAUCAUAAACAUAGAAGUGUACAGAAACAACUUAUCUGAGUAACUAUGGUGAAUGUUUGUUUAUUUUAAUCCAUAUUUCCAGGUUUUAAAAUGGAUUUAUUUUCCUUGGCUAUUGUACUGUUCACUGCCUUGGACACAGCAAUCGGAUUGGAAUGCUCUAAAUGUACUCAUGUGGUCAUAAAAGACGUCCCUUCAUUUCUCCAAAAUAUUGUAAUACCCAAAAGUCCUCAAUGUGCUAGCACCCCUCCAGGACAAACAGCCAAUGGUGUCAGUUUGGUGCAGUGUCCGAGUAAUCCCACUUCUGGACAAGUAUACAAGUGUGGGACGUACACUGGCACCAUCAUCGCUCAAAUUGACUUAACAAUCUUCAAAACCAGUGUGGAUGCUGAUAUAGUGUACCGUGACUGUGUGCUGAUGGACCCAGCAGUUCCAACCUCAUGUGUCCCACAGAACAACAUUCCUGCUGAUAACGCAGUAUUGAAAACUGUGUUGUCCAGCUUAGCAGAUAUCAAUGCCGUCAACUUCGUCGGUACCAGAUGCGUGGUAGACGAGAGAUCUAUGAGUAGCCUUAGGUCAGCAUCAAAUGCUAACCAUCUGAGUGACGCCAAAAUUGUCCUAUACACUUUCAUUCUUGUAAUCUCUAAAUAUUCAUACUAUCCAUGAGGACUAGAAUUUGUCACAUGUUACCCCUUUAUCCAAUGGUAAUUCACUUUCAUAUUUCUCGCUGUGACAAACUAUGUUGUUAUAUAAACCCAAAAUACGUGUCUGUAUUGUAAAAAUGAAAGAUCAAAGUCAUAUUUCAAAUAAUUAAUAUACUCGCUGAAAUAACAGUUCUUAUGUUUAGAA